CAGCCGGGGGGAUGUCGGUGAAGAUGGCGCUGCGCCGGGCCUACUCCAUCAAGGACAAGCUGCAGGCCAUCGAGCGGGUGAAGAAAGGCGAGCGGCAAGCGUCGGUGUGCCGGGCUUUCGGGGUGCCCGGAGGGACGCUGAGGGGUUGGCUGAAGGACGAGGCCAAGCUGCGGUGGUUCCUGGAGCAGCUGGGGGGUGAGGUGGGCACCCAACGCAAGAAGAUGCGUCUGGCCAACGAGGAGGAGAUCGACCGCGCCGUCUACGCCUGGUUCCUUGCCCUCCGCCAGCAUGGCGUCCCCCUCUCCGGGCCCCUCAUCCAAGCCCAGGCCGAGGCUUUCGCCCGGCAGAUCUACGGUCCGGAGUGUACCUUCAAAGCCAGCCACGGUUGGUUCUGGCGCUGGCAGAAGCGUCACGGCAUCUCCAGUCAACGUAUCUACGGCGAGGGCGGCCUCCCCAGCGAGCCCGAGCGGGCUCCCGCCGCCUGCCCCGAGGCUCUGCCUGUGCCGGCUGCCGACGCCGGGGGUUACGGCGAUGACCAGAUCUACAACGCCAACGUCACUGGGCUCUACUGGAAGCUGCUGCCGGGACAGACUGGUGGGGUGGCGGCGCGGCGGCGGCCGGCUCCCCGCGAGCGAGUCACCGUGCUGUUGGCUGCCAACUUGACUGGCUCCCAUAAGCUCAAGCCGCUGGUGGUUGGGGGCCUUCGCGAUCCCCCCAGCCUCCGCCAUCACAACCAGGACAAAUUCCCCGCUUGCUAUCGCUACAGCCCAGAGGCCAGGCUGGGGCCGGCCCUUCUCCGGGCUUGGUUCUUUGAGGACUUUGUGCCGGGCGUCAAACGUUACCUGCGCCGGAGCUGCCUGCAGCAGAAGGCCGUGCUGCUUCUCAGCUCCCCGCCACCCUCCUCCGGGACGAGCCCUGAGGAUUCCUCUCCGCUGCAGACUCCCGACGGCUCCAUCCGCGCCCUUUUCCUCUCCAAGGGCCCUACCGGGAGCGGUUCGGCCGGAGGGGGAGGCCGAAUCCCGGCCCCGCUGGAGCAAGGGGUGGUGUUGGCCUUCAAGCAGCUCUACAAGCGGGAAUUGCUGCGCCUGGCCGUCUCGUGCGCAGCCGGCGGCGGCACCAGCUCGAGUGGCCCCAUGGACUUUGUGAGGUCCUUCCUCCUCAAGGACAUGUUGUACCUGGCUGGCCUCUCCUGGGACCUCAUCCCCCCCGGCUCCAUCGAGAAGUGUUGGUUGCUGGGGCUACGCGCUGCCUUUGAGCCCCAGCCCGGGAAGGAAGAGCACGGAGACCACCCGUGCGGGGAGGAAGGUGGCGGGGACAGCAAAGUCUUUAGUGACCUGACUCACCUGGCCGCGUUGGCCUACAAGCGCUUGGCUCCUGAGGAAGUGGCCGACUGGUUGCACUUGGAUGACGUGGCCCCGGGUACGGAGGAGGACGAUGGGGAAGAGGACGCUGAGGAGGAAGGCGCCGGGGGCUGCGGGGCAGAGGAGGAUGAGGAGGAGGCGGCAGCUGCUGGAGAUGGAGGGGGCAGAAGGGGUGGGGAAGGAGGGGAUGCCUUGCUGCCCACAGCUCGGGAGGCCAUCAGAGGUCUGGAGACGGCGUUGCGCUGGCUGGAGGGUCAGGACCCGCAGCAAGUGGGGCCGCUGAAGCUGGUGCAGCUCCGCUCCCUCAUCAGCAUGGCCCAGCGGCUGCGCAGCGGCGCCAGCCCCCACUCCUAGGGCAGGGUGACCCGUGACCUCUCUUGGCUACCAACCACCCCACUCGGGGUGGGGGGACACGGGGCUGGGGACACCCCGCUUGUCACCGGGGGCUGGCGGUAGAGGUGCCAGCUCCCCUCAGCCCUCCGUCACGGGCGGUCCCUGGGGGCUCGGGGAGCCCGAACGCCCCUGGGUUACCACGGCGAAGGAGGGGUUACAGUUUAGGGCUAACGGGGUGGGGAGUUGUGCAACAACCCCUCCCUAUGUUGCAUAUUCGAGGGUUGUUCCUCACCUUAAGUAUAUUUAGGAGGUGCUAUUUUUUAAAUCCCAUGGGACUGAGUGACCCCUGGGUCAGGGGGUGAUGCCCCCCACACUGCUUGUUCCC